CCGCGGCCUACCCAGCUGCUUCCUGGUUCGCCAGCAGCAGCUUAAUCCCGCCUCUGAAAUGCGUUCGCUGGCUGGGAGCGUAGAAGGGAGAGUGGGCGAGGCUCCGCCCCUGUGGUUGUGCGCUCUUCGUCGGCGUGUGUUUUGGGGUUGCCAUCGGCCCGUAGUAUGUUAAAAAGGCACCAAAUAAUGUCAUCUGAAAUGUUGCCAGCAUUUAUUGAAACGUCCAACGUUGACAAAAAGCAAGGCAUAAAUGAACAUCAAGAGGAAAGCCAGAAGCCAAGAUUAGGUGAAGGGCGUGAACCAAUAUCUAAACGACAAAUGAAAAAACUAAUAAAACAGAAACAAUGGGAAGAGCAACGGGAACUCCGCAAACAAAAGCGGAAAGAAAAACGCAAGAGGAAAAAAUUGGAGCGACAAUGUCAAAUGGAAUCAAACUCAGAUGGAAAUGACAGAAAACGUGUUCGAAGAGAUGUUGUUCAUAGCACCCUUCGCCUUAUUAUUGACUGUAGUUUUGAUGACUUGAUGGUAUUAAAGGACAUUAAGAAACUUCAUAAGCAGAUUCAACGAUGUUACGCAGAAAACCGACGGGCACUGCAUCCUGUGCAGUUUUACUUGACAAGCCAUGGAGGCCAGCUGAAAAAGAACAUGGAUGAAAAGGACAAAGGAUGGGUCAACUGGAAGGAUAUCCAUAUCAAACCAGAGCACUAUAGUGAACUCAUAAAAAAAGAAGACCUGAUUUAUCUUACAUCAGAUUCACCUAAUAUACUGAAGGAAUUAGAUGAAUCAAAGGCCUAUGUGAUUGGAGGAUUAGUAGAUCACAACCAUCACAAGGGACUCACAUAUAAACAAGCAUCAGAUUAUGGAAUCAAUCAUGCACAGCUCCCGCUUGGAAAUUUUGUGAAGAUGAAUAGUCGAAAAGUUUUGGCAGUUAAUCAUGUGUUUGAGAUUAUUCUGGAAUACCUGGAAACAAGAGACUGGCAAGAAGCAUUUUUUACUAUCUUGCCCCAGCGGAAAGGAGCUGUUCCCACAGACAAAACCUGUGAAAGUGCUUCUCAUGACAGUCAGUCUGUCAGGAUGGAGGAGUGUGGAUCGGACAGUGAUUCCAGUGAGGAGGAAGAUAGCAGAAAUGAACUAGAUUCACCACGUGAAGAAAAGCAGGAUAAGGAAAAUCACACUGAAUCUACAGGGAACUCUCUGCCACACUAAUGUUACCUGGUUUCCUUUUAGUUUAAGGAAAAAUUAGGAGAAAGCGAGGUGCUGUAUAGAAUAUUGAAAUUGGAAGAACAUUUUAUUUUCUGUUAUUUCUGUUGUGAAUUUUAAAAACUUUUUUUUGGACCUAAAUAAUAAUAAAAAAGCCCUUUAAACUUUGUAAGAAAAUAUUUUUGAUUUAGAAUAAGAAGAUUUAAAUGUGUAUUUUUUUUUGUUUCUUUUUAAAGCCUCAAAUAGUGGUUUCUAGAUAAUUUUACUUCAUUAAUAUAUUUUCAUAUUCUUUAGAAUGUGCCUUCUGACCUUUCAGUUUUUUAAUUUUAUAGUCACAUCAACAUCUUUAUGAUCUAUUGCCUAUGUAUCUGUGAGGGCACAUAUUCAUAAAUAUACUGUCAAUCUAUCAGAAUGUUGUAUAUGGUAGGUUACCCUCUCUUUGUAGCUUUUAUGUUUAACUUAGUUACUUGAAAGAAAUUUAGUAAUUUUAGGAAGAAGUAUUAGUUUGAUAGACUUAGUUCAUUUCUUUUGGACUAUGGAGCGCAUAUCUGUUCCUUCUUUGUGAUGCCUUUUUAUGGUUCUGAAGUAAUUACUGAAGAGUUGAGAAUCUCUUUAAUGCAUUUUCUUAAUUCUUACAAUGGUGAUAAGUUACUUCAAUUAUAAAAUUGAAUUUUGCAGACUAAAUUAUUUUGUAAGGCUGUUGCUGUUGAAAGAUCAAUUUUGUCUUUACCUGCAUUUAAAAUGGAACAGUUUUUAGCAGCUGUGGGGUUUUUUUCCAUAUAUAUUUUUAAUUUGUUGGCUCUUAAAAUGAAUAAAGUUUAUAUGUGCUUCUGCCUCCUCUCCUAUAAGAAUAUGCAUACUAAUGUAUGUUUCUAUAAAUCAAAUACACAUGUGAAAAUAUGCAUGUAAAUAUAUAUUUACAUCUGUCCUCAUCAUGUAUGGUUCUCAGUUAUUAGUUGUUGAUAACAUGAUUGAUAUGCCAUAUAUCUGUAUUACUUGAUUGAAUGGUUGUGUUGAACACUCUAAGAACAAUUUGAAUUUUAUUCAGUACAAAAAUCCUUAACUAAACAUUUUUAUGGGAAUGUUGGCAAGAAAUAAUAGUGUAAAAGGGAGCUGUUUUAGUUUCCUAUCAGUAAUUGUAUAUGCAGUUAACUGUUUAAGGUAAAAUGGUCUCUGUCACAGCUAAAAGAUUUCAGUAGCCUUCAUUGAGUUUGGGUAAAAUGAGUUGCUGUUCUUUUGUCUUCUUUUUAAUAUAUAAAAGUUGUAUUUUAAAAAUGUGUAAUAUACUGUAUAUGUUACUAACAUAUAUACACAGAAAGUUUAUUGGAUUUAGUACUGAUAUUUACUGUCUAUUUUUGUUACUUUGUUCUUAGUAAUCUAUUAUAGUUACUAUUUUAAGGUGAGGUCUAUAGGCAAGAUAUGUAAGUAAAGACAAGCCCUACAAUUUUAAAAUAACAAAGCUUAUGUCUUAAGUUGUAUUUUUUCAAAGGUUCUUGUUUUUCUGAGUAAAAAAAAUGUGGUUUAUUAGCAUGAAAUAUUAUGCCUUUUACUUAAAUUAUGUAAUGUAAAAUAGGGCACUGUUUAAUUAUGAAAGGUGGGGGAAAAUCAUUCCAAAUAAAAGUUUAAUUUUUAUUAAUUAUAAAAAACCCUGUAUUAGUUUCCUAGAUGUGCUAUAACAAAUUACCACAAAGUGGGUGGCUUUAAACAACAGAAAUUUAUUGUCUUAACAGUUCCAGAAACUAAAUGUCUAGACUCACAAUGUCCCAGUGCCAUGCUUCCUCCGUAGGCCCUAGGAAAGAAUACUUCCUAACCUCUUCCUGGCUUUUGGUGGUUGUCACAGCAACCCCUGCUGCUCCUUAGCCUACAGUGGCUUGACUCCAAUCUCAGUUUUUGUUGUCAAGUGGUCUUCUACCCUGUCUUCUAUGUUUGUAUCCGUGUCCUAACUCUUUUUCUAGGGAGACCAGCAUUGGAUUAGAGUUCACCAUGAUCCAGUAUGACCUCAUCUUGACUACAUCUGCAAAGAUACUGUCUCCAAAUAAGGUCACAUUUACAGGGUGCCAUGUGUUAGGAUUUGACAUAUCUUUUGGGGGACACAAUUCUACCCACUACAGGCCCAUAUCUUAUCUAGGAUGUUCGUGGCAAGAAGGCGAAAAGAAGGCAAAGAUUACUACCUCUUUUGAUAUAACUAGUUUCUGAGGUAUUUAAAAUUUUGGUUUUAAAAAUAUUAAGCUUUUUGCUCAUUUUAAUGUAUCCUUUUCUCUCAACAUUGUUUUGGUUUAUUUAGGUUAUUUGUUAAAACUUAAGUAAAUAUUAAAGUUACUUGUGUUAGAACAUAAUAAAGGGAGAGAAUUAAACUACCUAAAUAAAUGCAUCAAAAAAUA